AUGCUUAGGAGAGACGCAACCACAAUUAGAUUAUCAGCAGAAGAUGUCAUUGCAUACGAUGAGGAGUUGAAAAGUCAAAAGCUUUCGCCAAAACGACUGGUGAUGGCUCAUGGUACUCUGCAAAGCGUCCAAGCUGGUACUGGUAAUGGUGCUAGCGUUGAUAUGAGAAUGGGUAUUGGUUCAUCAAGCAAUCAAAACUCAGUUCAGCAAUCAUCGAUUUAUCAAGAUGCCGAUCGCAAUCAAAACUCGGAAUAUGAUGAAACAGACGAUAACAUUCCAUCACAGUUUUCGACUUGGAUCUAUAGACUUUGGGCAGAAACAACGAGUCAUAGUACAAGGGACGCGUUUACCAAUAGAAAGGAGAGAUAA